AUGAAAGACAAUUACGAGAUCUGCCUAGUGGGACCAAAAGCGACACUGUUUCCCUAUAGACCGGCACAUGUGCCAAAGUACCAUGAAUGGAUGAAGGAUCCUGCAUUGCUCGAAGCUACGGAUUCAGAGCCGCUUUCGUUCGAAGAGGAAGUCAAAAUGCAACAGUCAUGGUGUGUUGACCCCUUGAAAUGCACAUUCAUCGUCCAUGCUUCCGAGGCCUGUGACCUUGGUGACUCGGAAGUUUCUGUUGAGAAAAAUUUACACGCUAUGGUCGGGGACGUCAACCUAUUUCUAUCACAUGUUGAGCCUGAGGAAGAUGAGGAAGGUACUGCUGGGGCUUUGACUCUACCUCCACCAACAGCAGAAAAGCCACUGAUACAGGCAGAGAUAGAUAUUAUGAUUGCCGAAAAUAAUUACAAGCGACGUGGUCUUGGAAAAGCAGCGACCUGCUCCAUGUUGCUGUAUGGGGCCAAUAAGCUGAAUGUGCACAGAUUCUUCUGCAAGAUAAAUGAGGACAAUUUAGCAUCGAUCAAAUUAUUUGAAGGUCUGGGCUUCACCCAGUGUGACUAUGCAGCUUGCUUCAAACAAGUCGAACUUGAGCUUGUUGAGCCAUUGAAGAAGUUGAAUGAGAUUUUGAAACCAGACGGAGACUACAGAGUGUUGAAAUGUCCAGAAAGGACUGACGAAAAAUCAUAG